CCCCCAACACACACACACUUUCACUCUUUCUCAUUUACCCCAAUUUAUUCCCCACGCGUGUCGAUUGACAAAGCAAGGCGCGUCUUUCGAAAUGAUUACAAAACUAGACAGUGUGCUUUUACCCCGAAAAAAGUUCAUUUACCAUUACAAGAACGUCCGGUGGGCAAGGGGCCGACAUGAAACAUACCUCUGCUUUGUGGUGAAAAGACGAAUGGGGCCAGACUCCCUAUCCUUUGACUUUGGACACCUCCGCAAUCGCAGUGGCUGCCAUGUAGAGCUGCUGUUCCUGCGUUAUCUGGGAGCCUUGUGCCCUGGUGUGUGGGGGUAUGGAAAUACUGGACAGAGACUCAGUUACUCCAUCACCUGGUUCUGCUCCUGGUCUCCCUGUGCCAACUGCUCCCUCAGACUGGCCCAGUUCCUCAGCCAGAUGCCCAACGUUCGCCUUAGGAUCUUUGUAUCCCGCCUCUACUUCUGCGACAUGGAGGACAGCCGCGAGAGAGAGGGCCUGAGACUGCUGAAAAAUGCUGGCGUGCAAAUCACAGUCAUGAGUUACAAAGACUUUUUCUACUGCUGGCAGACCUUUGUAGCUCGUAAGCAGAGCAACUUCAAGGCUUGGGAAGAGCUGAACCGAAACUCUAUUCGCCUGACAAGAAAACUCAACCGCAUCCUUCAGCCCUGUGAGACAGACGAUUUAAGAGAUGCCUUCAAGCUUCUUGGGUUGUGAAACAUGACUGUGACUUCCUGUGUUGUUACUAUGAGAAUCUAGAGAGUA